AUGUUACACCUUUUACCACCAGAAGUAGUUGAAAAGAUUGGCGUAUUGCUACCGCAAAAUGACUUACUUUCGUUGAUGACAACAAGCCGGUACUUUUACCGUCUUUUGCAUCCCCGGUUAUACUCAGUUAUAAUCUUUGACUCAUCCCCACAUCUAUUCCACUAUGAUACCAAAUCGUUAAAUGCAUUUCAACAGCACCGCAACGACUACAAAAUCGAAGGAAAGUUUGUGAGAGGUGUUAGAAUAAGGUCAGUGUUUGCGCUCAAAGCAUUUAUGAAGUGUGUGGUCAAGUACGCCCACUAUAUCAAGGCACUCAUGGUGAGCAAUUUACCUGAUAUUUCGGAUCUAGUGUCAUUUGAUUAUUUUGGAAAAAUCCUUCCUUUAAUGAUCCAGUUGCAGAUAUUUUCCUGGAACCACAUCGUUCCCCUCCCUUUGAGCUACUUGAAAUACAACUCCCAGAUUUGUACAAUGAGUGGACUAAUAGAGACCGAUUGCUGUGCCCAAUUUCCCUGCAUGACGAAAGGAGUCUACACUGAAGUUGACAUUGCUCAAGAUCUCGAUACAAUAACAUUACGAAAUAUCGAUUUAACUGAUUUGGAAUACGACUUUAGUCAAGUCCAAAGCUUAACAUUGGAUAACUGUACAUAUAAACGAGACUAUCUUUUUGACCAAGAUUUCACGUCGUUGGAGCAUUUAUCACUCAUUGUUGAAGACGAUCCUUCAAUGGUAAAGCUUUUAUCAAAAUUAAACCUUAGAUCAUUGCUAUUGAAGACAGAGACUCCUACAAGUGGUGUUCUACACAAAUUGAACUCUGGGAUCAUGCGGUUGGAACUCAAUUCCAAGUUUGACUUGACGUGCUUGAAACAGUUAUCGCGCUUUACCAAUUUGAGAUAUUUGCAAAUACCUGUUCUCGAGAAAGAUAUCCUUGAAAUAUUGCCAUUUAUCUCGCAGUCAACACAAUUUCUUCAUUUGCAUGUUUUGGAAACAACCGAACGUAACAACUGUUUAAUUGCAGAUGAAUACUGGGAGUGCACUGUGGAUCAGAAUCUUUUAAAGUUUCAGGACUUUGUUUUGGAGUACCAUCGUCGUUUGAAUAACCUACAGUGGGUGAUGUUUAAUGGAAACAACAAAAAGUAUGUUUUUGAGUGCUCCGAACUGGUCAUUUAUAGAGAAAGAUUUAGCUGUUACUUUGGUGAUAUUGUAAAUACAUUAUUAUGA